AUGAAGAAAAAGGAAAAUGAACAAGAACUUCAAGAAAAAAGGAAAGAAACGGAAAGAAAAGCAAACAAUAAAAAACAAAAACAAAAAGCUAUAACAGAGCAUGGAGAAGAUGAUGAGAAGUUUCAACCAUUAAGAACAAGGGUUGCAACACAAAGCUUAUGGAAAGCUGUAAAGAUAUUGAGCAGUGAACAAAGAGACUGUGUAGAAAGCUUAGGUUUAAGAUCAGUCUUAAAGAUGACAUUGGAUGUGAUUCCUUCAAAAAUAGGCUUCUUUUCUGUGUUUAGCUACGACCAUACAACAAACUCCAUUGAUUUAGGACAUGGAAGAAUAACAAUAACAGAAGAAACAAUAGGAGAAAUUCUUGGGUUAAAAAAUGAAGGCAUGGAUCUUGAAAAAGGUGAUGACUGUGAACAAGAUAACAUCACAUUGAUUAAAUGGAAAGAACAACAUCCAAAAAUAACAAAGUCUGCUCAAGCACUGGUAGAUCUUAUAGAAGAAUCGCAAAUUGCAGAUGAGAUGUUUGUGCUGAACUUCAUUGUACUUUUGUCAACUCAAUCAUAG